ACGGACGGACGGACGCACUGACGGACGGGCCGACGGACGGACGGACCGACGGACGGACGGAGCCGGGACGCCGCCCCCAGCCGCCAGCUGCACCCCCCGCGUCACCAUGCGCUCGGCCGCGCUCCUGGCGCUGCUGCUGUGCGCCGGGCAAGUCACUGCCCUCCCUGUGAACAGCCCUAUGAAUAAAGGGGACACCGAGGUGAUGAAGUGCAUCGUGGAGGUCAUCUCCGACACGCUCUCCAAGCCCAGCCCGGUGCCCGUCAGCCAGGAGUGCUCGGAAACCCUCCGCGGAGAUGAGCGCAUCCUCUCCAUUCUGAGGCACCAGAACCUGCUCAAAGAGCUCCAGGACCUCGCCCUGCAAGGGGCCAAGGAGAGGUCACGGCAGCAGAAGAAGCAUGGCAGUGCGGAGGACGAGCUCACCGAGGCGCCGGAGAAGCAGAGCGACCAGGCCCCGCCGAAGGGUACACCCGAAGCUCCGGCCAUGGAUGAAGAGAGGAGGAAGGAGUCUGAGGAGGUUCGACCCCCCAAAAGGAAGGCAGCGCGGGAGCACGGCCGGCCGCAGAAGCAGGAGGAGGAGGAAGAGGAGGAGCUGGCAGGGAGCAGGCAGCUGGAACCUGAGGAGGAGGAGGAGGAGGAAGAGGAGGUCGUGGGGCAGCGCCCCAAGCCGUGGGCGGACACCAAGCGCUGGAGCAAGAUGGACCGCCUGGCCGAGGAGCUGGCGGCCGAGAAGCGCCUGGAGCAGGAGGCCGAGGAGCAGCCCGACCGCUCCAUGAAGCUGCCUUUCCGGGCCCCAGCCGGCGAGCUCAGGGGCCGCGGGCCGGCCCGAGGCUGGCGCCCGUCCUCCCGGGAGGACAGCUUGGAGGCCGGCCUGGGCCUGCGGGUGCGCGGCUUCCCCGAGGAGAAGAAGGAGGAGGAAGGCAGCGCCAACCGCAGGGCAGAGGACCAGGAGCUGGAGAGCCUGUCGGCCAUCGAGGCGGAGCUGGAGAAGGUGGCCCACGAGCUGGAGGCCCUGCGGCGGGGCUGAGCGUCCAGCGUCCUGGCGCUCCUGUCCCCUCGCCAGGUCCCGGCCUGACCCCGGGCGCUGCUCCUGGUAGGGAGGUGGCCCCCAGGCGGG